UGAUGUUCUCCACCGCUCUUCCAGUAUUUUACGAAACCUAGGGUUUGUUUCGUGCCUUCCACUUGCUCCUUCCCGCCUCCUCGAUCUCCUUUCGCAUCUCGUCGACAUGGCCACCAGCGCAGCGCCCCCACGCGACCGGCAGCCUCCCGGGCGCAACAUAGACGACGAGAACCUGGUCUUCGAGACCAGCCCUGGGGUCGAGGCCAUCACCAGCUUCGACCAGAUGGGUAUCCGCGAUGACCUCCUCCGUGGUAUCUACGCCUAUGGUUUCGAGAAGCCCUCCGCCAUCCAGCAGAGAGCUGUGAUUCCCAUUUUCAAUGGCCGCGACGUCAUCGCCCAGGCUCAAUCCGGUACCGGGAAAUCCUCCAUGAUCGCCCUGUCCGUCUGCCAGAUGGUUGAUACUACCAAUAGAGAAGUGCAGGCACUUAUUUUGUCACCUACAAGAGAACUUGCUUCCCAGACCGAGAAGGUGAUAUUGGCCAUUGGUGAAUACAUAAAUGUGCAAGCGCAUGCAUGUGUUGGUGGAAAGAGCAUAGGUGAAGAUAUUAGAAAGCUAGAGUAUGGUGUUCAUGUGGUUUCGGGGACGCCUGGUAGAGUUUGUGACAUGAUCAAAAGGAGGACGUUGCGCACAAGAGCUAUUAAAAUUCUUAUUCUUGAUGAAGCUGAUGAGAUGCUGAGUAGGGGCUUUAAGGAUCAGAUUUAUGAUGUGUACAGAUACCUGCCUCCUGAACUUCAGGUUGCUCUGAUAUCUGCUACACUACCUCAUGAAAUCCUGGAGAUAACCAACAAAUUCAUGACUGAUCCAAUAAGAAUCCUUGUCAAGCGUGAUGAAUUGACAUUGGAGGGUAUCAAACAAUUUUUCGUGGCUGUGGAGAAAGAGGAAUGGAAGUUUGAUACAUUAUGCGAUCUCUAUGACACUCUCACCAUUACUCAAGCUGUUAUUUUCUGCAAUACAAAAAGAAAGGUUGACUGGUUGACUGAAAAAAUGCGCUCUAACAACUUCACAGUAUCUUCUAUGCAUGGUGACAUGCCUCAAAAAGAGCGAGAUGCAAUCAUGGCAGAAUUUAGGUCAGGGGCAACUCGUGUAUUGAUCACUACCGACGUAUGGGCUAGGGGGAUCGAUGUCCAGCAGGUGUCGUUGGUGAUAAACUAUGACCUUCCAAACAAUCGAGAACUCUACAUACAUCGGAUUGGUCGUUCUGGACGCUUUGGGCGCAAGGGUGUGGCCAUAAACUUUGUGAGGAAGGACGACAUCCGAAUCCUGAGGGAUAUCGAACAGUACUACAGCACACAGAUCGAUGAAAUGCCAAUGAAUGUUGCUGAUCUCAUCUGAAUUGUUAACCUCAUCCAGGGACGACUUGUCAGCAUCUUCUAUAGUUGAAGUUCCCUUCUACCGAAGAGUGUUUGACGUUUAUCCAACUUUGUGCAUAUGUAACACGAUGUAACAUAAGAUUAUACAAAUGCGAGACAGAGCGAUGCAGAGGCGGAAUGAAACAAGUUGUGCUGCUAUUUUGUUUUUUUUUUAUCUGGGUUUUUGAAUCUUUAAAGAAUCCGUAAUUAGAAUUUAA